UCCAUUUUCUUCCUAAGGCUGGGUCUCUUCCUCCAUUUUUCAUCUCAAUGUCAAUAACCAGUGAAUGCAUCUGCCACUCCUCCUCAUAGUCGACCGGUGGCUGCUCAUCCCGUGCCUCCCCUGCGUCCGCCUCUUCUCUCUCCCCCAUAUCGGUGAUCUUUUACUUUCAGUACAGUUUCUCCUUCCCCUGCUGUCGCCAUUUCAAAGUCCCGCUGAAUUGAAAGAGGGCAUAUAGAGUGACGCUUUUCGUGUCCAAUUGUCAAGGAGUUUCAUCAAACAAUGGACACUGCUGUGUUAACAACGGAACAGGUUUUAACGAGGGAUAUCCCAUGGGAGACAUACAUGUCAACUAAGCUGAUCUCUGGAACUUGCCUUCAGCUGUUGAGGCGUUAUGAUAAAAGACCAGAAAGUUCCCGUGCUCAGUUGCUGGAAGAUGAUGGUCCAGCUUAUAUUCGGGUUUUUGUUUGCAUUUUGCGUGAUAUAUUCAAGGAAGAAACAAUUGAGUAUGUUUUAGCCUUGAUUGAUGAUAUGCUUGCUGCGAACCCAAAUAGAGUCAGAUUGUUCCAUGAUGAAUCUCUUGCAAAUGAGGACAUAUAUGAACCGUUCCUAAGGUUGCUCUGGAAGGGUAACUUUUUCAUGCAGGAGAAGAGCUGUAAGAUACUUGGUCUAAUAAUAAGUGCAAGGCCGAGAACACUGAGUGGACUAGUGAAUGGUGGAGAAUCAAUUUCGAAGAAAAAGAUCACCACCGUUGAUGAUGUGCUGAAGGGUUUGGUAGAAUGGCUUUGUGCACAGCUUAAAAAGCCUUCUCACCCUAGUAGGGCUAUUCCAACUGCCAUCAGUUGUCUCUCAACUUUGCUUAAGGAACCUGUUGUCAGGUCGUCCUUUGUUCAUGCAGAUGGAAUUAAGCUGUUGAUUCCUUUAAUAUCUCCAGCAUCUACACAGCAAUCUAUCCAGCUUCUCUAUGAAACUUGUCUAUGUGUCUGGCUUUUAUCUUAUUUUGAACCCGCAACUGAGUACUUGGCUACUUCGCACAUUCUCCUUCAAUUGAUUGAUGUUGUUAAGAGUUCCACAAAAGAGAAGGUCGUAAGGGUUGUCGUCUUGACAUUUAAGAACUUUCUGGAGAAAGAGGCAUUUAUUGCUCCAAUGGUUGAUCUAGGGCUGCUUCAGGUUGUUGAAAGCUUGAAAGCCCAGGCAUGGAGUGAUGAGGAUCUGUUGGAAGCUCUAAAUCAUCUGGAAGUAGGGCUGAGGGUGAAUAUCAAGAAAUUGAGUUCCUUCGACAAAUACAAGCAAGAAGUCCUUCUUGGCCACCUCGAUUGGUCUCCUGUGCACAAAGAUGCUGUCUUUUGGCGGGAGAAUAUCACAAGCUUUGAGGAGAAUGAUUUCCAGAUUCUGAGGGUCCUCAUCACAAUACUGGACUCGUCAACCGAACCAAGGACUCUGGCUGUUGCUUGCUUCGACCUCUCGCAGUUCAUCCAGUGUCACCCAGCUGGGCGUGUCAUAGCGACAGAUCUCAAGGCAAAAGAGCGGGUCAUGAAGCUCUUGAACCACGAGAAUCCAGAGGUGACAAAGAACGCCUUGCUGUGUAUUCAGAGGCUUUUCCUGGGAGCCAAGUAUGCCAGCUUUUUGCAGGCUUGAUUAGAUCAGGUAAUCACAUCUCUUUCCAAGAUUGGAGUCUGUCAAUUGUACUCGCUUUUAUAUCGGUGUCUAUCUCGUGGGUAUGUCAUUGUAAGGAUGAGGUUAUAUUCUUCUGAUUUGGUUGCCUUCCUAAUAAUUUUACUUUAGAUAAGGAGCAGCUGAGUGUCAACUACAUAAAUAUAUUCAUUAUGUCGAGCUGUUUAAAGUUACCACAUUCAAGUUUUAUUUAUCUGUUUAUAUAUUUAUGUAUGAGAGUCCUAUGCUGCCUAA